CUCAGGUGAAUCACUUUCAGUGUCCUGCAUGCACACCCUCCAUGUUGGCUGUUGCAGUGGAUGGUAACCGCAAGCUUUACCGCUUUAAGAGCCAACCAGGACCUAAUGGAUUUUUUGAAGGUGUGUUUCUGGCCAAGGAUGCUGAGGUGACCUCCUUUGUUGACUACAUCCAUGGGGCAACACGACAUAAUCCUGGGAAAGGGAGGUGUGGUGCAGGCGAGUGGGUGGCAGCACGAGAGUCCUCUAACAAGUCUGCAAGCAAAGUAGAUGAGGAAGGUGUCGAGGUUGCUGUCUGCCGCCAUGGGAUUUUACUGAAGGGACUGAAUAUGUUCCGUGGAGAGAUAUUUGCAUAUCCCUUAUAUCUCCAGAAACAGCUUGCUUCACAGAAUGUGCAGUUCUUCUGCUCUGAUGUGGUAUGCAGAUAUUGGCCAUAUUUGCAGAGGGUCGUGGGCUACUGUCCUGAGUUAGAAGACCUGUUAAACAUGCGUCCCUUUCUCUCAAUCAUGCAUGCUAAAGCACAUUCCUGGAUGUGUGAGUUGCAAUGGGGAGGACGAAAUCAAGAGGGAGCAGGAACAACAAUAGGAGAGGAGGUUGAACAGGUGAACAGCUUCCUCUCUCGAGCAGCCAUAUGUUCCAAGUACAUGUCAAAAGCUGUCUGCACAGACAUCCUUACCAUUCAGGCCAGUGGCUGGAACAAGCGGAAGGCAGAAAACCUUGACCGGACAUUGGCCAAACGAUACAUUAAGAUGCCACGAGGCUCCACCACAACAAACUGCGUCAACUGCAAAGCAGUGAUUGCUGUGGCCACCAAGACCUGCAAGUCUUGCAAGACAAUUGCAGCCAUAUCGUCGGGGGAAAGGACGAGUAUUACCCGGUGA